UUACUGUAGAUUGUUCAUGUCCAAACAAAGCUCUCCGAUUUUGUUUACAAAUACAAAGGUUUUGAAGAGGUUAAAUAUUAAAAUACACCUGUGCCAAAUACAAUUCUAUAACAUAAUUGUUUAGAUGUCGAACCAAAAUAAUACUCCAAUAAUGCUCCAAAGAGGUGAUACAACACAUACAAAAAUUAGAGAAAAAGUGUCUAAAAAUCAAAGAAAUAUUCAUGUUUUGACAAAACAUAAACCGGGACCAAGCAAACCACCCGAUUAUAAAAAGCCAAGAAGUACUUUACCAUAUUCUAAUCGCCCUAAAGGUGUACCUCUUAAAUUUUUGUUGAAUACAGAUUUUCAAGGUGCCAUAACUCCUCAACAAGAGUCAAUGGAUGAACCGAAUCAAACAGUCUCUGAGCAAAUAAAUACAUAUGAUCAAUCAACAUUUUUUCAAACUAAGCCAUCAAUGAACCAACCAAUCCAAAUGCAACAACCAAAUCAAAUAUAUGGUUAUUCAAUGGGGCAACAAAUGUAUGGACAACAACAAAUGCUUUUUCAACCGAUGUAUGGUCAAUCCAUACUUGGUCCAGCGCCCCAAAUGUUAACUCAGUCAGCUGAAGAGUAUCCGCCAAUGCCAAGGAUACAAACAGACAAUUUUACAAACGCAUCAAGGGAACAGUAUUCUCCAACUGGAAUUUACGAUGAUAACGAUAGUAAAUCAGAUGAUGGUUCUAGAGAUUCAGACUCUUCAGAUGUAUUAGAAAACCAGAAAAGGCGCCAAAGUGCCUUCGAAAGAUUGGGGCCACAGACUAAACAAACUAAACCCAAAUUGACCAUCAAUUUGUGUCUCGAUAAAGACCAAUCUAUCAGAGAAGUAGUAACAAAACAAGUUCCCGUAUAUGAACGAGAUGAGAUAAUGACCAGUACGGACCCAACUGUUGUAAAGUUCAGAUAUCUCUGGCCUUGGAAGAACACUAUACAGCUUAAGCGGAGUGUCACAGUACGAUCUUCGAAGACUGUGAUGAUGCUGGAGCGGGAACAAGUGGAGGAAGAAUAUAAAAAUGAUAAUUUGUUUAUGAUCGUGUCUGUGGUGGGAUUUCCGCCAUCAUGGAAUAAAGAAAAUGUCUUGGACGCGAUUUUAGAAGAUCUCAAAGAAAAAAGUUUUAUUCCCUGUUUUAUUGAGUUCAACUCAAGAAAUUGCAAGUUCCUCGUCAACAGAUGUCGUUCGGCAUUACUGGCUCUGCAUUGGCAAGGUUUUUCUAUUCGUAAAGAUGAUGUCGAACUGAUGAUAACCAUAUCGGUGACGACGUUGAAUACGAAAGUGUUGGAAUACAUCCCGCGAUUGGUGAUUAGGAAUAGGCUGAUUUGCGGUUACGACGGCCAAAAGAUUGAUUUGAGCGAGUUCACGUUGAAAAGUGAUAUAAGUAACUUUAUAUAUUUCCCAUUGAAUCGUCCAACGAACCAAGCUGAAUUAAUAGACCUUAUACAAGGUUGUGAUUGGGAGAAUUUGGACCAGCUGGACUUAUCGCACAAUCGGCUUACAUCAAUACAAGAUUUUGACCUCGUAUCAAAAUUACCUAAAUUGCUACACUUAGACCUCUCAUAUAACUUACUGGAUAAUAUUCAAUCAGUGUUGCCAUUGCGAGGUUUAAUGUUGCAAUCGUUAUCGCUGGAAGGAAAUCCCUUAUGUUUGAAUUAUGUGGACGGAGAUUAUUAUAUAAAAGUUUUUCGGACACUGUUCUCGUGUUUGAGAAAAUUGGACGGCGUCUCCAUUCAAAGAGGACAUCAAAUGCCGGAAUUGAAACCAUGCUAUUGUUUGAUUGACGCUAAACCGUUAGUUGAGAAGUUUGUGAGCUACUUCUUUAGGCUUUUGGACCUUGAGCCGGACAAACGAAAUCCUAUACAGGAAAUGUAUCAUAAAGAUGCAGUGUUGACUAUUACCAGUAAGAUUAAAUUACGUUACAAUCACGAAUACAGCCUCGUACGUCAGCUGUUCCUUCGCAGCCGUUGCUUAGCGGAAGGUAAUUACGACUUCGUCCAAGGUUCGGAAAAAAUCGGUAAAUUGAUACACAAGUGGCCGCACCUUCGACACGAUAUACAUUCCUUUAACAUCGACGUUAUGAUGCAUACGGAAACACAAACUCUACUCCGAAUUAAUGGUAUUGUUAGUACAAGCACCGAGUCGUUGGCUGAUGAUGAGAAGGUCUUAGCGUUCACAAGAACUGUCCUACUUGUAUGCGAGGACGGGAUUGAGUACAAGAUCUAUAAUGAGAUGCUGUAUUGGGAUGAAGCUACAAAGGAAUGUGCCGCAAACGCUUUCAGAGUUGCCAUUGUUCAAGAUAAAACACCAAGUUGGAAAUUUGAGGGUCCCUUAGAUGACGAGAGCAAGAGUAGUCUAAUAAACGCUUUCUCUAAAUUAACUGGUUUGAAUUCUUGUCAAAGUUCAAGGUGCUUGGAAGAAAAAGACUGGGAUUUAAAAAUAGCUCUAGAAUACUUUUCGAAAUUACUUAAAUUAGAUAAUAUUGAAUGUCUAGCAAAUUAAUGAAAUUUCAUUUGCCCACCUAAACUGAAAUCAAAAAUAAGCUACUACAAUAAAUUUUUUUAAAGGCUUAUGUUAUGCAUUAGUAGAAAUUAAAGUAUCACAAAUAUAUAAUUAAGAUCAGAACUUAUGAAAAAAAAAAUUAGUUUUAUUAAGGAAACUGUUAUCAUAAUACCUUCCAUUGAACAAAAAUAUGAAAUCAAUAUAAAUCUUAAAUCACCCCUUGUCUGUAUAGAAAUGAUGAAAAUAGCUUUUUAUGCAAUAAACUUAAAAUUAUUGUUUCCACAAUUGUGUAUGAUGUACAUGUUUGUUACUACCAAACAGAUUUCAAUGCAAUUGUAUUGUAUUAUUUUUAAACCUAUAAAUAACAUAGUAAUUUUAUUCAUACAUUUAAUUACUUUAAUGACAGUCUCAGUACAAAAUCAAGAUUAAUAAAACUUAUGGGUAAAUUUUAAAAUUUCAGUUGUAUAAUCAUAUAAAUACUAAAGAAUUUCAAGUUUUUA